AUGGCGCGCUACGUCGCGGCGAUGCGGCCCGACACCGUCGAGACGGCCUUCUUCAAGGCGGUCAUGGCGACGCACGAUGCGCGGCUCAGCGAGGCGCGCGCCCACAUUAUCGCCGCGCAGCAGCUGCUGCAGUCCGAGCUGACGGCGCUGGUCGGCGAGUCGUACCACCGCGCCUACCGCGCGACGGUGCAAGUGCAGCAGCUCGCCGAGCUCGAGGAGAUCCUGCUCCACAAGGCCGACCCGGAGGCGAUGCCCCUCCCGCUCCUCCUCUCGGUCUGGCGUGGGCGGCUUCUGCAGGCAGAGCGCUCGGCCGACGUCUGGCAGGAGAUCCUCUCGGUGCGCGCCCUCGUCGCGCCGCCCGCGCGCGACCCGCAGACGUGGCUCAAGUUCUCAAACUUGUGCCGCAAGUCGGGCCGCGGCGCCCUCGGGCACAAGAUCCUCUCCGAGAUCCUCGGCGAGGACUGGGACGCCCACUGGGAGCGGAUGCCGCGCCAGGCGGCGCACGCCUCGGUGACGCAGCCGACCAGCCCCGACCACUCGCCCUCUACGACCGCCUCCUUCCUCGCGGGCGGCGCCGCCCUCCUGCGCUCCACCGGCGAGAUGACGGCGGGCGGCGGCCUGGGCGGCGGCUUGGGUGGCGACAGGGCGUAUGCCGGCGGGACGGUGGACGGCGCCCAGCGGCACGCGGGCACGUACGGCUACCUGAAGCAGAUGUGGGCCGACGGGUCGCGCGAAGAGGCCAUCGCGCGGCUGGCGACCUUUGCGCGCUACGAGGCGGCCGGCACCGCCUUCGCCGCAAAGGCGUGGCGCCGGCUUGGCGGCUGGCAGCGCGCGGUGGGCGAGGACCAGCCGUUCAGCGUGGAGCGGGCGGCGACGGUGCUGGCCUCGCUCGGCAACGCGACAGAUGCCUCGCCGCACAGCUACAAGGCGUGGCACGCCUGGGCGAUGGUGAGUUUCGAGGCGGUGCAGCAGCUGCCGCCGUCCGACGCGGCCGAGUUCGUGGACCUGCUGCGGUUGCUCACGCUCUGGUUCACGCACGGCCACCGCGCCGACGUCGAGGCGGCGGUGCAGGCGGGCUGCGACGACAUCUCGGCCGACUUGUGGCUGCUCGUCACGCCGCAGAUCAUCGCGCGCAUCCACGCGCCCAACCCGUUCGUGCGGCGCUCUGUCAACCGCCUCCUCGCAGAGGUUGCGCGCACGCACCCGCAGGGCCUCAUCUACCCGCUCACCGUCGCGUCCAAGUCGCUUCUCUUGCCGCGCCGCACGGCCGCGUUGCGCGUGCUCACCGAGGUGCGCAAGGCCAACGACACGCUCGUCGAGCAGGCGGCGCUCGUCUCGACGGAGCUCAUCCGCUGCUCGAUCCUGUGGCACGAGGUCUGGCACGCGGCGCUCGAGGAGGCGUCGCGCCUCUACUUCCAGGCGUCCGACGUCGACGGGAUGCUCGCCGCCCUCGCGCCGCUGCACGCGCAAAUCUCGCGCGGGCCGGUGACGACGGAGGAGAACGACUUCCUGCGCACCUACGGCGCGGAGCUGCGCGCGGCGCACGAGCACUGCGAGCGAUACCGGCUCGGCGGCCGCUCGCGGCAGGAGCUGCAGUCCGCGUGGGAGCUGUACUCGACGGUCUUUGGCUGGCUGACCAAGCAGAUCGGCCGGAUGACGUCCAUCGAGCUGGCGCACGCGUCGCCGCGGCUGCUGCAGGCAAGAGACCUCGAGCUCGCCGUGCCGGGCACGUACGAGGCGACGGCGCCCGUCGUGCGGAUCGGCUCGUUCGCGCGGUCGAUGUCUGUGAUCGGCUCCAAGCAGCGGCCGCGCAAGCUGAGCGUGUAUGGCGACGACGGCUCGCUGCACGACUUCCUGCUCAAGGGGCACGAGGACUUGCGGCAGGACGAGCGCGUCAUGCAGCUCUUCGGCCUCGUCAACGCGCUCCUCGCCUCGACCGACGAUGGCGCGCGCCUCGACCUCGGCAUCCAGCGGUACUCUGUCGUCCCGCUCUCGCCCAACUCCGGGCUCAUCUCGUGGGUGGCGGCCUGCGACACGCUGCACGCGCUCAUCAAGGCGUACCGCGACGGCCGCAAGGCGAUGCCGCUCAACGUCGAGCACCGGCUGAUGGCCUUCGAGCACGCCCUCGCGCAGACGCCGGGCGACGAUGUGGCGCGCGUGCUCUGGCUCUCGUCGAGCAACGCCGAGGACUGGCUGCUCCGCCGCACAAACUACACGCGUUCACUCGCCGUCAUGUCCAUGGUUGGCUACAUCCUCGGGCUCGGCGACCGGCACCCCUCCAACGUGAUGCUCGACCGGCUCACUUCCAAGAUCCUGCACGCCGACUCUGGCGCCUGCUUCGAGGUGCGUGAACGGCGCCUACUCACGCCGCCGGCUGCGAGUAGGCACAUCGAUUUUGGCGACUGCUUUGAGGUUGCUGUCCAGCGCGAAAAGUUCCCGGAGAAGAUCCCGUUCCGCCUCACGCGAAUGCUGGUCGCCGCGAUGGAGGUGUCGGGCGUCGAGGGCACCUUCUGCUCGGCGUCCGGAGGCAUGCGCGGGACACGCACCUUCCGCGCGACCUGCAUCGCCGCGAUGGGCGUGCUGCGCCGCAACAAGGACUCGGCGUUCGUGCACGACCCGCUCAUCAACUGGCGGCUGCUCAUUCGGCAGGCCGUGCAGCACGAGGCGCUCGAAGAGGCGCCGACCUCGGGGGGCGCGUCCCCGCAGGCGGACCCACCCCCCGACCAGCAAGCCCUCCUGCGGACCGUCUCGGAAUCCUCUCGGAGCUUUCCCACACAGGCGGGCCGACCCACCGAGCGGCGCCGCUCGCCGCUCGGAGCGCGCGCGGGCGGUGCGACGUCGCCGUUCGGCUCGCGAGCCAGUGCGAGUGCGGAGGCGCCGCGCCGCAGCGGCGGGCCGGUGAUGCGCGUGGGCUCGCUUCGCCGGUCGGUCGUGCUGACGACCACCUCAGACCGGCUGCAGCAGCGGCAUCGCGAGCGUGCGAGAUCGUCCGGGCUCGGCGAAGGCAUCGCCACCAUCGAGCUCGAGUCGUCCGACCCGGCGCUCUCGCACCAGCCAAUCUCGCGCUCGGUCGUCUCGGUGGCGACGAUGAUGCACGAGUCGAUUGCGCACGACGGCGGCGGCAACCAGGACGAGGACGCCCUCAACGCGCGCGCGCGCGCUGUGCUGCGGCGGGUGCGCGACAAGCUGGUCGGCGAGGAUUUCGCGCCGGAGCCGCUCAACGUGCCGACGCAGGUCGAGCGCCUCAUCGCCGAGGCGCGCUCCAACUCCAACCUGUGCCAGCUGUACGUCGGGUGGUGCGCUUUUUGGUGA